GUCAUCCCACUUUUCUCCACUUCACGCGCCCUUUGAGGCGAUAACAUCGGCCUGAUAGCGGUCGUCUGAAGUAUAACAACGGCGCAUCCAAGAGCUUUGACUCAAGCCUAUCUUUGAUCAAUUGCAACUCACACAACCUACUUACCCACAGCUAGACCGAUCCCAUCCCAUCCCAACAUGGCACCCUCCGCUAUCCAGGUCGAGCCAGCGCCCGUCGCGCAAUCCAAGCAGCUCGUCCCACGAUCCAAAGACGACGCGACGAAGGAAUUGACGCCGCUGCAAGCCAUCUCGCAGGGCGUCUGCCUCCCUGGCAUCCCCCUCUUCUCCUCGUACGAUAAGCAUCGGGCAUGGAUACUAUCACACAUGGCGGGUGCCUUUCGCGUCUUCGCAAGGCACGGCCUGACCGAAGGCAUGUCGGGUCACAUCUCGGUGCGUGAUCCAGAGCACCCACACAAUUUCUGGACAAACCCGCUCGGAAAGCACUUCGGUCUUCUCAAAGCAUCAGAUAUGGUCCUUGUUGAUUACGAUGGCAAGGUGGUGGGAGGAAAUCAGAGCAGGCCUGCGAACGCAGCUGGCUUCCUUAUACACUCGGCCAUACACAAGGCGCGCCCAGACGUCAACGCGGCAUGCCAUUGCCAUGGGAAGGCAGGCAAAGCGUGGAGUGCCUUCGCGAAGCCAUUGGAGAUGCUGAACCAAGACGUAUGCUACUUCUACGGCGAUGCGCAAGCCGUCUAUGAGGACUUUGGUGGCGUUGUCCUUGAUGAAGAAGAAGGCAAGAAGCUGGCAGCUGCGUUGGGACCCAGGGGAAAAGGUAUGGUACUGAGGAAUCACGGACUAUUGACGGUAGGAGGUACCGUCGAUGAAGCCGCGUUCUUGUAUACCCUCAUGGAACGCUCUUGCGAUGUCCAGUUGAAGAUAGAAGCGGCAGCAGCCAAUGGCGUCCCCAAAGUCUACGUCGACGAUGACGCAGCGGCAUAUACAUUCAAGAUGGCGAGCGACGCUGAGAGCUUAUACUGGGAGUUCCAGCCCGACCUGGAAUACGAGUACGAGAUGAGCAACGGGGCCUUCAAGCACCCGGAAUGCGACGAGGUAGUGUGGCCUGGAUACUGAUCGCUGAAAAUGGAUUUGUUCACCUCAUACAAAGAAGAGACCGAACAGCUGCGCUGCAGCCCAUGUUAGUAUAAACGCGAAGGUCGACAAUCCGCUACAGCAGGGUAGACUUCUUGGGCAUCUAUUUCAUGUGGGUGUUCACUUGUUUCAU